AUGGACUUCAAAACCACCUCCAUCAUCGCCCUCGGCUUCCUCCUCGCCCUCCUGGCCCUCUCCACCCUCGCCCUCGCCGCCGACAACAUGGCCUACGCCCACAGUCACGCCAACUCGGAGCUCCAGAUCCACUAUCUCCGCUGGAACGCCACGGCCGAAGCCCAAUACAGCUACUGGCUCGAAAUGGACUACACGCCCUCCCGCUUCACUCUCUCGCGGGAAGCCGCUAUGAUCGCCAGCGGCGUCAUCUGCACCAUCGCCGGCGCUGUCGCUGUCACCACCGCUUGCUUUGUGCGCAAGGAGAAGGUUAAGGCGUGCGGACUUUCGCUGUGGCUCGUCAGCUUGGUCUUCGCGGCCGUUGGCUUCGCCGCUGCGCUCGCUGGGGCUGUGUAUGCGUGGUACCCUGUCAUGCAGUGGAACAUCAACUUCCUCAAGUCGCUGCCGGUGCCGUCCAAGGUCUCCGGCGCGGAGAAGACGAUCACGUACCGCGCGCCGUUUGCUUUCACCCCGGAGGUCUGGAACUGCUAUCUCGCGCCGUACGUUGCUGGCUCCGAGAGCGGACGUCUGCAGUCGUUGUGCAACGAGGCGAAGGCGGCGAAGAGCCUCACCAUCCCCGUUGUCAUUCUCGCCGCUGCUCUGUUCGGCAUUGCUGCGUGGAGCUGGUGGACCGCUGUCUCGACUGCUGUAGUCGAGCCCAAGGCGGAGGGCAAGGAUGUCGAGGAGGUCAGCGUUGCGAGCAAGGAAUAG